GAAAACGUGGUAAUAGGUUCACAGGUUUAUUACAAGCAGUAAUUGUAUCAAAGGACGACAAUAUACAAUUUAUACCGACAAUGAUAGCUGAUUAAAAAAAUCAGAGCAAAUACACAAGCUGCUUAGCUAAGCAAAUGUAUUAUAGAUAUAAAAUGUGAGUAGCCAAUACAACACUUUGACAAAAUAUUGACAAGAUGAGUACACUGCCAACUAAAUUAGCUGCGACCAGUUAACAUCAGAGUUAAUUAACGCAACAUUCUAACUAGUGAGUAACUUCAGCUGGGUUAAAUAGCGGAAAUAGACACAGAGGGCCUAUCCCUAAAACAAGUCACUCAGACAAUAAAAUAGACGAGAAUUUCUGAACAUGAAACGUGUUUGACUGACUGAAUACUCAGCUGCUUUGACUGAGCAAGGAAAAACUAAACUUCACUUAUAGCUUGACAAUCACAGGAUUAUUCACGGCUUUCUAGAAAACCCCAGUAAGAAACCCUUGCUAAUAUGUUUAGCUUAAUACAACCAGAGUAAGCCAAUACGAGAUCAAACUUCGGUUUGUACGACCAAACACCAGAUGGCCUGUGAUCUUUAUGAAUAUUCAAUGACAUAAAUCACACUCGUUUUGUUUCCUUUGUAAUUAAACCAUUUUUAUUCCACAACAUGUGCUACCUGAACAUGGAGUAGCCUGACUGCUGUCUUCUCACGUUCACCGUUUGCUUGUAGUAUACACUCGUGUAAUGUGUGCUGGAGGCUCAAUCACAGGUGAGGGCAGUAGGCCAGGACAAUGAAGGAGAUCAGCAAGGAGCUGACCACUGACCUGAACCUGGAGGAAGUGACGCCGCUGGACUUUUCGAGGGAUGAUAUCACAGCAAUUCAGAUCACAAAGGGUGUUGAGAUAGCCUGUGAGGAUGUGGACACACCGUCCCCCUCGGAUGGGGGGUGGGGAUGGAUUUGUGUUGGUGCAAAGUUUGUGGCUGCGUUUAUAUGUUUUGGUAUCGUGUACAGCUUUGGAGUGAUCUAUGUGGAACUGGUGGAUGUGUUCAACGCUACCAGAGCAGAGGUGGCCUGGGUGGGGUCGAUCGCAAGUGGAGCUAUGCAUAUGGCAGGGCCUCUGUCCAGCCUGCUGAUAGAGCAGUACGGGUGCCGGGUGACUACCAUCAUCGCUGGUGUGUUGGCAGCUCUUGGCUUCUUCGUCAGUUCCUUCGCCCCUAGCUUGGCCUUCCUGUACUUCAGUUUCGGCGUGGUGGGAGGGCUUGGUCUUGGUCUGUCCAUCGUGCCCAGUGUUGUGGCACUGACCGUCUACUUCAGGAAGAGGAGGAGUCUCGCCAUAUCCAUAUCAGCUAUAGGUGCUGGAAUCGGGACAAUGUGCCUGCCCCAGCUGUACAGGGCGUUGAUCAACCAGUACGGCUGGCGAGGCAUAAUGAUGGUGUUGUCAGGGGUAGCACUCAACCUCGUCGUCUGCGGGAGUCUCUUCAGAAUGCCACCUCAUACCAUUGCACAACAGCGGAAAAGAACACACCUAAAAAGACGUCAUCCACGUUGUGUAUCCUUCCAAAGCUUGUUCGUGGUGUUAAACCAUCGCCCGUUCCUCAUCUUCCUGACGGCCACAGCAUUCACGCACCUCGGUGUCAUGGUGCCGUAUGUGCACCUCCCCGACUUGGCUCGUCUCACCGGGGUUGCCAAGGGCGACGCCUCCUUCCUGGUUUCCAUCAUGGGUCUCGUGGGCAUUCUGGGAAGGCUUGUGUUUGGUUACGUCGCAGACUUCAGCUGUGUCAAUAGGAUCUUGUUUUAUGCCGUCCUGUUGUUGAUUUGCGGCGCAGCCACUUUUUUAUGCACGAUGGUAAAGACGUAUGCAUUGUUUGCUGUUUAUGCUGCAGUUCAAGGAGCGUUCAUAGGGACGUGGACGGUCUUCACCGCCAUUGUUGUGACUGACAUUGUUGGAGUCAACCAUACCGGCAACGCCCUUGGACUGACCAACUUCUUGAGUGGGAUAUCAGUCAUCGUUGCCUCUCCUAUUGCAGGUUCCCUGUUUGACUUAACAGGCAGGUAUGUCACGUCCUUCUACCUGGCUGCGUGUAUAUACCUCCUGGGUGGUUCGCUCAACAUGGCGGGUUAUUUAUACAUCAAACUGAAACAUGAUAAAGGCAUUAUCGAUUGACAACAUAUGUUUUAGUACGAACGUGCACGUGUAAAGCUUUAAUUGUAAACCUAUAGAAAGAGUGUUCUGUGUUGUGAUUGGCUAAUUUGGGUCACAUGACCAAAUAUCAAAGGGUGAAAAUAUGAUUUGCAUUCCCUGAAGCAAGCGACCGAAUCACUGUGUAGGAAUACAUAAUUACUCAGCAUUUUUUGCAUACUAAUUAACAAUGGACGCAAAUUGAAAUACAAAAUUAACAUUCAUAACAAAUAUUUUAAUUUUCUCUACUCAUUUGAAUUAUUUGGAGUUUAAAUUUUUAAUUAAAAUUAUUAAUAUCCAAAGUGAAAUUUAUUGUGUGAAAAAAAAUGUACAAAAGAUAUGCAAGAUCUACAUCAUGAAACAGUAAAAAGCAGUUAACAAUGAUCGUGUGUGCUCUCAUUCAAGGACCUUCACCUCAGAGAAAUUACCAAAUAUGUACAACAAAUAUGUUGAAGUUUGACAUCACUACCGGUGACCGAGUUUUACAAAAUGGCGUGUUGACUGUCAACAGUGCGC